AUGAGGCUUCGGCGUCCGCGCACUCUCGCUGCACUUUCCCCCAAAGCCCUCAAGGCUCUGCAGAACAGGGCCUCGGCUCUUCUCAUCUCGGAGAGCCCGGCGCUGCGGCUGCUGUGUGUGGCUGACAGCAACCCCCCCGCACGGCUGGGCUGGUUCCGGGCGUCCCCAGGCCUGAACGCCACCUGCAUCUCCAGCACCAAGAUCCUGGAGCUGCCAGGCUUAGGCGCUGCAGAAGGAGAAUUCACCUGCCGAGCUCAGAACCCUCUGGGCUCCCAGCAAGUUUCCGUCAGCCUUGCUGUGCAGAAUGAGUUGCAGGACAGGUGCCAGGAAAGCCCGUCUUGCCGCAGCCGCGUGACUGAGGCUCAGCGGGGCUCCUGGCCCCUGGUCUCCACCCUGAUCAGAGGGGCCCUCAUGGGGGCUGGCUUCCUCCUCGCCUAUGGCCUCACCUGGUUCUACUACACCAGGUGUGGAGGCCACGAGGGGGGCAGGGCUGAGCCUCCCUCCUUCUCAAGACGGGAUUCACGUGAGGAUGCGGAGCCCAGAAGACAGCCGUGGGGCCAUCACUGUCAGCUUCUCCCCGGAAACGCUCGACUCAAACCCUCAUUUGCAACCACGAGCUUUUAAUUUGCGUGAUGACAUGAAGAGUCAAUACCGUUGAAAGGAGACUUUUAUUACUUACACCUUCCACGAGUAGGUGGCACGGCACGCUGGGCAGGACAAAGGGGAAGCACCUGGUUUUGCUCAAGAAGCAGGAGCAGGUGCGGAGAAGCCUUUAUUGGGGUUUCCAUGGGAAAGGCAGGGCUGCGCAGGGAAAUUUCUUUAGGAUCUGCUCAUUUGAAUAAUUCUGGUGGGCUUUGGGUGGCAGGGGUGAUCUGUAGUAGUCUGUUACCUGUUCGUGAGUGACUUCGGGUAAGGGAAUAGUGCUUGGCGAGUGAGGGGUAGCUAAAGGGGUGGUUGGGGAUUAUGGGGUAGCGAUUGAUUGGUUUGCAUUUUAAAGGUGAGGUCCUGGAACAGCCCUUUUCUGUCUCUAACAGUUGCGAGGCGGUGUCCUUUUCAGGCCAGCAAGCUUUUUAAGAUGUCAAAACGUCAUAAGAUACAGAA